AUGUACCGAUUAAUAAUUGUCGUAAGUGUACUUUUUAUAUUAAAUUCAUCCUCGCUGUUGGGUGAAUGGAUCGCAAUCGAUGAUUCUUUGAUAACAACAUUUAAUGAUACAACUGGUGAUCGUAGAACAGUUGCCUCAUUUCAAAUAACAAAUUAUCCCAAAAAAUAUGUGAAAUCAUUACGUAAUGCUUUAGAUGUAUAUUCAUAUGAUUCUAUAAAUGAUGUCAUCUACUUUUCGAUGGAACAACGAACCUAUAGCAUAUGUAAAAUACUAAAAUAUGAUGUAAAAACAAAACAGACCUAUCAGUCUGAUCAAAUAAAUCAAUUUCUUGUUGAUUAUAUUCAAUAUAAUUCAAAGUCAGAUAAAUUAUAUGCUAUUAUUCAUAUGUACAAAGAUCAAUUGCACGUAAAAUUAGUUGAAAUUGACAAACAAACAUUUACAGUGUCAAAAGAAAUAGCUGACAUCGAAUAUCUUGGUUCUCCAAUGUCGGGUAGUUAUUUUGAUCAACAACGGCAAUUAUUUACUUAUCAUGCAUACGAUAAUAAUCAAAGUUCGACUGUGUUGGUCACAUUAAAUUUGGCAAAGAAUGCAAAACAAAUUGUUGUUAACUCAAAACAAUUCGACUAUAAUGUAUUCGGUUUUGGAUACAGUGGUGAUACAACUCAAAGAUUAGUUGCUCUAUGGCAAUAUAGUAUAAUUCGACCCUUAGUAUGUAUUCAGUUAGAUUAUAAAACUGGUAAACAACGAAAAAAUGUUACAAUAACACCAGACACUAUACGAAUCAGACAAGGCUAUCAACCAUUUGCUAUUGACCAGCAGAAUCGACAGUUUUUUGUCAUAACAGCAACCGAUAAUUUACAAACCACAUAUUUGAUCAAAGUCAAUAUUGAUACAUUACAAGUCCAAACGGAAGAA